AUGCGGACUCAACGUGUCCUCCAUGGAGAAGGUAAAGUCUCCUUGGCGUAUUGGGAGCGCGUCUCCAACUCGCAAGCAAACACGAGCCCCUACUCUGCUGGCAUCGCUUGGGUUGCAGGGCAACCUGCCCCGCUCGUCGAGGCCAAGAUUCCACUCAUAGAUCAAGGGUUCUCGCAUGGCGACUCAACAUACGACGUUAUCUCUCUUUGGAACGGUAAAAUUUUCCGACUGGACGACCACAUCAGCCGCCUAGAGGAAAGCUGCUCACGAAUUAGACUCCAAUUGCCUCUAACAAAGAGAGACCUCAUACAGACCCUAGACGACAUGGCUCGUCUCAGUCUUUUGCAAGGCGCACAUGUCCAGAUAGUUGUUACCCGUGGGACUUGA